CUCACCUUAUCAUCAUCACAUUCACUCGCGCCGAACCUCAAUCACCACCACUCAUCCCUUAGUCGUACCUACACAUCUCCAACCCUCACCCUCGCCGACGAAGCGUCAACCGCAAAGAUGGAAAUCAAAGUCCGCACCCUCACCGGCAAAGAAAUCGAGCUCAACAUCGAAGACAGCUACAAGAUCUCCACAAUCAAAGAGCGCGUAGAAGAGAAAGAGGGCAUCCCGCCCGUGCAGCAGCGGUUGAUCUUCGGUGGGAAGCAGAUGAGCGACGAUAAGACGGCGGAAGACUACAAGCUCAAGGGCGGCGAUAUCCUGCAUUUGGUGCUGGCGUUGCGCGGCGGGUGCUGAGGGCUUGCAGAGAGCGGAAAGGUGGCGUGGAAGGUGGGGAGGUGGUGCGCCAAGCGAGGACGCCGACAUGCCUCGUCUACGGACUAUGAUUGAAUGAGAUGCGGCAGAAGAGGGAGAUAGAGGAGGAAAGAAGCAUUGGAGCAGCGUGGAUUCAUGGUAGCAUUCCAAGCUCUUGCAUCGAUUGAUCGUGGCUAAACAGGAAGUAGAUAGUAUGCAAGCAA